GUCAGCCGUGCACGGCCUAGGCGAGCCGUUUUGUCACUGGCAACGGUUGUUGUCUCGCUACCGGGUCAACAACACAACUUCUCGACAUGGAACAGGCCGAGAAAGGAGCUCGACACUCGUCUGUCUCCGAGAAACAGGCCGAGAAAGGAGCUCGGCGCUCGUCUGACUCCGAGAGGGGUCAAGCGAGAUUAGAGCCGAGCCAGAGGAAGUGGUUGUUCUACGGGGGCUGCGCCAUCAUCGCCUUACUCCUCCUCGCCGGCAUAGUGUUCGGCCUGGGCCUCCUAAAAACGAGUGGCCAGGAGAGAGUUGCGGCUAAGAAAAAAGAGGCGCCCUCUAGGCACAUAAAGCUUCACGCAACAAAGAAUCCGCGCAAAACAUCGAAAGCGCCAAUGCCGGAAAUAGAACCUGUUACUGCAUCGGUUCCGGAAGAAAAAGCCAUGACUGUAGCGGUUUCGGAAGACGAAACGUGGACGGCAUCGGUUCCGGAAGAGGAAACCACGACUGCAACGGUUUUCAAAAGGAGAAUGGGUACUGCAUCGGUUUCGGAAGAGGAAACCAUGAGCGCAAUGGUUUCGAAAGAGGAAACUGUGACUACAAUGGUCUCGGGAGAGGAAAUGGGUACUGCAUCGGAUUCGAAAGAGGCAACCAUGAGAAGAAUGGCUUCGAAAAAGGAAACUGUGAAUGCAACGGUCUCGGAAGAGGAAAUGGGUACUGCAUCGGUUUCGGAAGAGGGAACCAUGAGUUCAAUGGUUUCGAAAGAGAAAACUGCGACUGCAACGGUCUCGGAAGAGGAAGUGCGCACUGCAUCGGUUUCGGAAGAGGAAACCAUGAGUGCAACUGCUUCGGAAGAGGAAAAGGGGACUGCAACGGGAACUCCGCCGCAUGCCAUGACAAUGGCUGGGAAGGUCUCGUUCGAAGAGCCUUCGUCAACUGCCUCGACGAUGCCCCCCAAAAGUAAUCGUUCUCACGUUCUCCACUCUAAACAUUUGACUGCACUCGAGGGCAACUUCCCGUGGCAGUGACUGCAAGGGCCGAUCUCCUGCACCUGUGUCACUCCGCCAAGUAGUCCGCCGGAGUUUGGACAGUGCUUUCGGUUUCUUGGAGAAGAUGCUGAGAUCGGCGUGGCUCCCACGUGCAGUGGUCUCGAAUUUGCCCAAACUUGGAAAAUAAAAGCGAAAUGAGUCGCUAUUAAAAUUA